AUGGAUGCAACCAGGGGCCUUUACAUCGAGCAGUAUCCUUGUGACACUUACCUCGUGGGCUACUGCCAGAGGAACGGGGGCGGCUGGAACAAGAGCAAGCUCCGGCUGGACUCUUGCCUUGGCGAUAGUGGCGGUCGCUUCCAGUGGGGGGGAACCGAGUUCACAGAGCAGGCAACCAACAUCACAUUCAAUCCUGAGGAAGGCGCUGGCCAUAAUCCUAUCCUGAGAGCUGAUCUUCGCGGCUCGGAUGGCACGUUCCUCCGUAACAGAGAUGUUAAUCUGGCGGAGAGGAUCAGUAAUAAUGAUGGGAACCUCGAAUUCCAUUGGUAA